AAUAACUUCUUUUAACUCCGUGCUCUCUCUUUCCUCGCCGUUGUCUGAGUCCUGAACCCUAAAAACAUCCCCCGCCUCUUCCUCUCAAGACCUAGAAAAAUCUCAGGUUGUCUCGUUGGGUUCAGAUUUGUGUGAUUUCACGACAUGACUAGGGUUUAUGUCGGGAAUUUGGACCCGAAGGUUACUGAAAGGGAGCUCGAAGAUGAAUUCAGGGUCUUUGGUGUUCUUCGCAAUGUUUGGGUAGCUCGUAGGCCUCCAGGCUACGCUUUCCUCGAGUUCGAUGACGAAAGGGAUGCUUUGGAUGCGAUCAGGACAUUGGAUAGAAAGAAUGGGUGGCGUGUGGAGCUUUCUCACAAAGACAAGGGAGGUCGGGGAGCUGGUGGCCGUCGUGGUGGGAUUGAGGACUCCAAGUGCUAUGAGUGUGGUGAACUUGGACACUUUGCACGGGAGUGUCGCCGCGGUCGAGGCUCUGGGAGGCGUAGAAGUCCUAGUCCUCGUCGUCGUAGGAGUCCAGAUUAUGGGUAUGCACGCAGGAGUAUAAGCCCACGUGGAAGAAGAUCUCCUCCAAGGCGUCGCAGUGUUACUCCACCUCGUCGUGGGCGGAGCUACAGCAGAUCCCCUCCUUAUCGUGGUACACGCCGUGAUUCUCCUCGCCGCCGAGACUCACCUUAUGGUCGACGUUCACCAUAUGCCAAUGGGGUGUAAACCAGUAUGAUGCUAUAUCUGGCUAUAUGUGGCGCCUUUUAGGAUUAGAUCUAUAUAUCUGCUAUGCUAUUAGUUCUUCUAGGAUUGGUUUGAGCUUGGACAUGUCAUGGUGUUCUCGUGUUUUAUUAGACAAUUGGAUUUGGUGAAUUCUCCUUCAAGCUGUUUUCCAACAGCCCUCUUGA